CCCCCGACCCCGGCUUCCUCGCACAGGAUAUCCCCCCUUUGUGUGUCAGUUCCUCUCCUCGGACGCUGUCUUCCCCACCAUGUCCCUGCUGCCAGCCCCCCGACCCAGGCGCCUCCCUCCCUCCCGGCGUGCAGUCUAGCAGAGCAGCUCCCUCCCCCCUCAUUCCUCCUAACCGUGCAGCUAGCGGAGAACGUCUGCCCUGAACACACAGCAAGGUUCAGAACGUGUGAUUCAAUGUGGACGUUUUCCUUUUUGAAAGGAAGGCCCAAAGAUUGCUAUGAGGAUUUGACAGAUUCAGAUUAGCCGCCCCGUUCGGGUAUCGGGAGACGAUACCAUGUAUCAAGGUUUUUUAGUCAUGAGAAAGUUCCUGUUUGUUGGAAUAGUAUUUGCAGCUUUGCUCCAUUUCAUGCUACAUAUAUUUGUUCAAAAGAAAACCAUCUCAACGUCCAUUGCGUCUCUACGAGAACCUUUCAGCACACUCAAACCAUCGACUGCAGAAACUGUGAAAUAUGCAUUCAGGUUAUCCACAGAUCCAGUCAAAGAAUACAAGUCUUGUUACAAUGAAAAGUUCCACAUCCUCUUGAACAUGUCUGAGAUUAAGCCUUUUCUAUGUGAAGACUACAGGAAACCGUCUGCAAUUCUUGGUGGCAACAAACUAGAUCUCCCGUAUGGAACCCGAAAAGGAGAAAGGUAUUUCGAUAUGGCUCUGAAGAAGCUUCCAAAGUGUGACCUUCCGGAAGAGAUCAGGAAUAUUUCCUGUAAGAAAUGUGUUGUUGUUGGGAAUGGCGGCGUACUUCGGAACAGCACACUAGGCAAGAAAAUUGACAGCUAUGAUGUAAUAAUAAGGAUGAAUGAUGGCCCCGUCCUAGGGUUUGAAGAUGAUGUUGGACAGAAGACUACUUUCCGCCUCUGUUACCCAGAGUCGAUCUUUGCAGACAGUUUGCACUAUGAUCCGAACACCACAGUGGUGCUUAUGAUGUUCAAGCCUCACGAUGUCAAAUGGUUGACAGAAUUACUGUUGCACAGAAGUGUGAGCACUUACGGUUUUUGGAGAAAACCUGCCAUGAAGUUAAUCUACCAGCCUCAUCAGCUGAGAGUCCUCAACCCUUUCAUAAUUAAACAAGUAUCUCAAAAUCUGUUAAAUUUUCCAACAAAUUUUCCCAAGACAGAAAAGCCAAAGCACCCAACAACUGGCAUCAUUGCGAUCACGCUGGCGCUGCAUAUAUGCAACGAAGUCCAUAUUGCAGGAUUCAAAUACAACCUGACUUCACUGAAUAGUUCUCUUCACUAUUAUGGAAAUGAAACCAUGUCUGUAAUGGCUCAGAAUGAAUACCACAAUGUAUCAGCGGAGCAGAUGUUUCUUAGGGACCUUAUUGAACACAAAACAGUAACGAAUUUGACGUAAAGAAAGCUCUAGACCUGGAAUGUCAUCCACAUAAAUACCUACUGUAUAGUAUUAAUAUUUUUAUAUAUGUUGGAGUUUUUUUUUUUUUUUUUUAAACCAAGGAAGUUGUUGUGAACUGGAUAUAAUGACCCAGGAGUCGUUUUGCCUGUUACCCCUCUGUAGACUUCCUCUGCUUAUGACGAGCAGCCAUCUGGACCUGGAUAAGCCAUUGUGUAAAGUACAGACCGCAGCAUUGACUCCUGAACCACUAAAAGGAGACACAAAGUCUUUCAUUUUGUACAGGACUAUAGUGAACAGUUUGUAAAGCAAAUAUGUAUUAUAAAGAUUCUUCUUUCCAU